GCACAUAAAGCUGCUUUACAUCAUUUGACGUGAAUAGUUCUCCGUAUUCACACGGGUGACUAUACAGUUUGGUUAAGACUAAAUACGACAUGUUUGUCAUUUGGAAUUAAAAUAGGCUAACUACGUUUUGAAUGUGGAUACUUCAGGUUAAACCAACUGGAUAUUGCCGUUUUCUCCGUCAGAAUGAUUUAAAUAGCUACUUUAAGUAUAACGAAUGAUUUUUUUCUUUCAAAACGAAAGGAAACUAUUUCAGUCACCUGUAACAUUUGACAGUAGAUGAAUAUUUUCAUCGUGGACUACAUCGAAUUAUAGGCACAUAUGUGAGAGGCUACAAGCGACAAUGUCAAAGACACAGAAAUCAAAGUCCAGGUCUCACUCUCGCUCGGCCUCCAGAUCAAGAUCCCAUUCUGAUUCCCGCUCCCGUUCCAGAUCACAAAGCAGCUCUAGAUCUAGAUCCAGGAAACGCAGAUAUUGCUCUAGGUCUCGCUCUCGGUCAAGAUCCCAUUCUCCGUCCCACAGCCGGGAGCGGAACCACACACGGGAGUACCAGAAUCAACGUGAGUUUCGAGGCAACCACAGAGGCUUCCGGAGGCCAUAUUACUUUCGGGGCAGAGGUCAGGGCUUUUUCCGUGGCCGCUUUCAGCGUGGUGGAAGGGGUGGAUAUAAUAACUACCGACCCAAAAACUGGCAGAACUUCCGGCAGCACCAUCAGCAGCAACAGCAGCAGCAGUACCACCCCAACAGCCCCAAGAGGGGCCGCUCGCGUUCACGCUCUCCCAAGAAGCAGUCAAAAAGUCCUCAGUCCCGCAGCCAUUCCCGUCGCUCUGACAGGUCAUCCUCAGGGAGAUCGCCACAGUCGCACCACUCUUCCUCCUCCAACUCUGGGUCUGCCAAACGCAGUUGCAAAGAGGACACCUCUGUGCCAGAAGAAACCCACGGAGGAGGAGAUGGGGCUCUGGCAGAGCAGGUUGGAGGCUCUCCAGUGGCCAAAGGGAACUCUGAUGGAGACAGGGCUGUGGAGAACUGUCAGGUUUUGAGGAACCAUGACACUAGUCCUAAAAAGGCAAAUCCGCAGGUUUGCUCCACUGUCACUAAUGACCAACCAAUGGACUCUGCAACUAAUGCGACAAUUCCUGCUCAUAAUGCUCCUAAUAAAGGUGCCACCACCUGGCAGAGUGUUGAAACUGCACCUUCAAACACCAGCCCCAUAAAGAAAAGCCUUACACCAGUUUUCAAUGGUUUUGGGCUCUUUACAAAUAUUGACCAACAGACAGAUGAUACAAUUGCUAUCUCCACUGCGUUUUUGAAAUUUCUGGAGGAGCAAAAUCUUAAAAAACAGGCCUCUACAUGGGACGACAACACACAUAAAGGGAAAAGUAAUGGAGAUAUAGUAUGUGAUAAAGAAAAUGGAGAAAUGUUUGAAAAGGGCAUUGAGUUGUCUCGCACUGUAGAUCACGACAACGCAGGAGAGAAGGAGAAAUCCAAAUCUGCCAAGAGUGGUGAUGGUAAUAAGUUAUCCAUAAGCUCCAUUAAAAGGGGUUCACGAAAUGGCCCGACACUUCUGUGCGAGGAUGGCGAGGACGAUGAUGAAGAAAUGGAGAUGUCUGAUAGGGUGAGGGAUAUGGAAAAUGAUCCCUGCAAAAGCAAAGUCAUGGUGUCCGCUCGUGAAAUGUUCGAGAAUCGUAUCAGGAGGAUGCAGGACAUGGCGUGGGAUGAUGAGCUGGAAGCUCUCCUGCUCUGCCAUAAACAGGAAAGAGCAGCGAAUUUACUAGCUGCUCUAUCUAAGAGAGACCAGCUCAGUGGCAUGUUUAAGGAUCCCUCACCUGAAAAGCUCUCUAAUGUAAAACGAAAGGAGAAAACCACGCUAAGUUCCUCUUCUAAACCCACACUGCUGCCCAGGAGGAGCUCUGAGAACCGUGAGCAAGAGAUGUUUGUGGUUAUGAACGAGGAAUCCCCACAAAGAGCUUCAGUGAAAAGAGGAAGUGAAUUCAGUGUGAGGAUGGAUUAUCUAAGUGAUGACCUUGCAAGGACGUCUGUUUUGAGCAAUGAAAGAAGGAAUCUUCUGGAUUUACUGCAUCUCGAUAAGAAGGAUUUGGAGUUUCAAUCUGUCCUUCAGCAUCUUCAGGCUCAGCAGUCACCCAAAAGCCCAUCUGAGCUGUAUGCCCAACACAUAGUUUCAAUUGUCCAUCACAUUAAAGCUCAAUAUUUUCCUUCCUCUGGAUUGACCCUAAAUGACCGAUUUGCCAUGUACCAGAGACGAGCUGCUGAGAAAGAAUUCAUGAAGCAGAGAAAGAGUCCAGAGAUACACAGGAGAAUUGAUGUUUCUCCCAGUGCUUUUAAGAGGCACUCUCUUCGGUUUGAUGAGAUGAAAAGCUCCAAGGAAAACAGCUUCAAGGUCGAUGGUAAAAAAUCUAAAGGUGAUUCAGUGGACCUUCGGCUGGAUAUUGAGCGCAGAAAGAAAUACUUGAGUGGGGAGAGAGAGCACAGAGAGGAAGAGUAUGGAGGAAGAGUAUCGAGGGAAUCUCCAGGUUCAAGCAAGGAAAUAUCCACUGAGAAAAACUCAAAGAACCACAAACAACCGAAGAAAAACAAGAAGAAACGUGAGCAUUCUGAGUCAUCUUCCUCAUCUUCCUCAUCUUCCUUUGUUUACCACGAAGAAGACGCUGAGAUCAAGGCAGAAGGUUUCUCCAAAAUACAACAGGGGCUUAGAGAGUAUGGAGAGCCUGCAGAAAGAGGACGGGCACGAGGAGGCUUUCAGCUUAGAAUGCGCGGCAGAAGUUGGAACCGAGGACAUUUCCAUGGAAGCAGUAAUGGUGAUUCACAGAUGAACAUGUCAGCAAAGAAUGACGACUGGGAUCAAGAAUACACUCCCAAGAACAAGAAAUACUUCCUACACAGUGAAAGAGAUGGUGAAGCUGAGAAGAAGAUGAUGGACACACGAGGACGUGGUAGCGGUAAUGCUCUUCGCGCAAAGGGACGUUUCAUCCUCCGGAGGGCCACAAAUACCAACACCAUCAAUAAUACGAGCCCUAAAUGGGCCCAUGAUAAAUUCCAGACCACUGAUGAUGAUGAGGGCGAACAGCAAGGAGAAGAUGUAGAACAGGACCAGUGAGAACAGAGCAGUAACGUUGUUAAGAUCCCUCAUCAUGCUUUAAACACUGCAUAAGACUUGUCAGCCUUCACACUUUCAAGAAUGGAUAUAAUAUUCACAUCCAUAUGCAUCUAAAACCUUUUCAUAGGAAAGAGGCUUUUUUAUUGUAUUGCUUUGAUUUCCUAUUUUCGUGAGGAUGCUUUUUGUCAGCUUGGUUGUGUUUUGUGCUUUCUGUGUAUCUUUUUUUUUUUUUUUUGUACAUGCAAACUCUCAAAAGUUCAUAGAAAAAUACAUAGUAUGGAGUUUAAGCAAAGUUAUUUAGAGGAGCACAUUCAUCUAAUCAUGGCAGACACUGUUAAAGGCAACUUCAAAUUUAUUUUCUAUCCUUAAAUCUCUGGAAGAAUUAGCACUCCAUCUCGAAAUCGAGUACCUCCAUUGUGAAUCCGGUCUCGUUUUUUGCACAAGACUAUUAAAACAUACAAAUGAAACAAACGCAGAACAAAAAGUUAAUAUCUAAGUAGUGAAAGACUGAUUGGAUAAGGCAGGCCAGUUGAUCAGCUGAUAUUUGUCCAUUUUGAGAUUAUCAUUAACUGAUUAAAGGAAGUGUUUAUCGCCCCACUUUUUUAGUUUCCAAUUUUACUGAUAGCUUUGUCUAUGGAUAGUAA